AUGAACUUGAGCCCCCGGAGCGCGUACGAUCCAGCUGCGCCCGCUGGCGGCGCAUCGCCAUUGCCGCCAGCGCCGAUUCAAUUCCGCCUCUGCCUCCCACAGCGCCGCCGGAGAGUAUUAAAUUCCAUGGUGGAAUUGCAUAUAGGCUCGACCGCCGGCCGGAUUUUAGAGAAACGACUGGAUGGGGAAGAAAGCAAAGAGCAAGAGUCUAGCCAUGGAGCCAAACCGGACACCCCUGUUCAUAAAUCUGCAGGAAGUGAAUCACAGCCGAAGCAGGACUCGAAUCUCAGGCUGACAAAUAUAUCAGAACAUGUGGGAGAAGCUCCUCAACCCAUAGGAGAUCAGCAACUAUUUUUAGCUCUUGUUCCAAGUCCAUCUCACCUUCCACUCAAUACUCAAUCUGAAACCAAUGUGAUGGAUAUAGGUGAAGAUUCAAGUCAGCUGUUGGGUAACAAGAUUGAUACUCUCAUGGUUAAAUAUCAGAAAAGGAAGGGAUGGAAAAUGAAGAGUAAGGUGCUUAAUGAUGUUGUGGCUGGUUUCCCUCAGAAAACAGAAAGAGGAGUGAGGGAGGUUUACUGGGGAGAAGGUUUUUGA